AUGGCCAACCUCCGAAAAACCCACCCACUCCUAAAAAUUGCUAAUGACGCACUAGUCGACCUCCCUGCCCCCUCUAAUAUCUCAGUCUGAUGAAACUUUGGUUCACUCUUAGGCCUAUGUUUGGCCACCCAAAUUCUUACCGGACUCUUCCUAGCCAUACACUACACCUCCGAUAUUUCAACAGCUUUUUCCUCUGUGUGCCAUAUCUGCCGAGAUGUAAGUUACGGCUGACUCAUCCGGAAUAUCCACGCUAACGGAGCAUCUUUCUUCUUUAUCUGUAUUUAUAUACAUAUCGCCCGAGGACUCUACUACGGGUCCUACCUAUAUAAAGAAACCUGAAAUAUUGGAGUAGUAUUACUACUUCUAACUAUAAUGACUGCCUUUGUAGGCUACGUUCUUCCAUGAGGGCAAAUAUCCUUCUGAGGAGCCACUGUAAUCACAAACCUCCUCUCCGCUGUCCCUUACGUAGGAGGUGCCCUUGUACAAUGAAUUUGAGGCGGAUUUUCUGUAGACAACGCCACCCUAACCCGAUUUUUCGCCUUUCACUUCCUAUUCCCCUUCGUUAUUGCAGCCGCCACAGUACUUCACCUUCUAUUUCUGCAUGAAACCGGGUCCAAUAACCCAGCAGGGAUUAACUCCGACGCCGACAAAAUCUCAUUCCACCCCUACUUCUCGUACAAAGACCUCCUCGGUUUCGUAGCUAUAUUGCUUGGCCUAACAACCCUAGCUCUUUUCGCACCUAACCUCCUAGGAGACCCGGACAAUUUCACACCAGCCAACCCCCUAGUUACCCCGCCACACAUCAAGCCCGAAUGGUACUUCUUAUUCGCCUAUGCAAUUCUCCGAUCUAUCCCCAAUAAACUAGGAGGGGUACUCGCCCUUUUAUUCUCAAUCCUCGUCCUCAUAGUUGUCCCGAUCCUCCACACCUCUAAACAGCGCGGACUAACCUUUCGACCACUAACUCAAUUCUUAUUCUGAACCCUGGUAGCAGACAUACUAAUCCUCACCUGAAUUGGGGGCAUGCCUGUAGAACACCCAUUUAUCAUUAUCGGCCAAGUUGCCUCUGUGAUUUACUUCACCAUCUUCCUAGUCCUCGCCCCCUUAGCCGGUUGGGCCGAAAAUAAAGCCCUUGAAUGAGCCU